AUGUCGCACUCAGUCUCGCUCGCCGCGUACCAGUCCGACUACAUCCAGCUGGCGCUCGACUCGGACAUUCUCCGCUUCGACGGGCCGUUUACGCUCAAGUCUGGGCGCAGCUCGCCGUACUUUUUCAACGCGGGCCUCUUUAACACGGGAUCCAAGGUGGCCAAGGUGGCAGAGUGCUACGCCAAGCGCAUCGUCGAGAGCGGCGUCGAAUUCGACGUCCUCUUUGGGCCGGCGUACAAGGGCAUUCCGCUGGCCGCCGCCACCGCGCUCGCGCUGCACGCCCACCACGGCAUCGACGUGGGCUUCUGCUUCAACCGCAAGGAGGCCAAGACGCAUGGCGAGGGCGGCUCGCUGGUGGGCGCGCCGCUCAAGGGGCGGGUGCUGAUCCUCGACGACGUCAUCACGGCUGGCACGGCCAUCAACGAGGCCAUGGACAUCAUCUUUAGCCAGCCCGAGGCCAAGCUGGCGGGCGUCGUCAUCGCCCUGGACCGGCAGGAAAAGAGCUCCAAGGACGGCGUCGAGGGCGAGACGAGCGCCAUCAUGGAGGUCGAGAAGCGAUACAACACCAAGGUCUACAGCGUCGUCAACCUCGACCAGAUCAUCGAGUACAUGAAGACCAAGGACCAGCAGGGCACGGCAUACGGCAAGCAGAUCGAGGGCAUGACCGAGUACCGCGCCAGGUACGGCGUCAGCGAGAUUGCAAAGGCCGAGGCGGCCGCCAAGUCGGCAUGA